CUUUUCCCACCUUCGCCGUCUCCUUCAAAUAAUUAUUUAUUCCAACAAUCCCUUAUAUAUAGCCCUCUUCCUCCCUUCUCUUCCUCCUUCCUCAUUUCCAAUCUUAUUCCACUUAUUCCACGAUAAGCCUUGGAACUAUGAGCAAGAGGAGCAGUGCUGCGAGCCUUUUCGGCCGGUGCGCGCGGGCGCCGCUACGGGUGCUGUGCCGGGCGCGGGACUUGUACGUGCGGAGCCUCAACGGGUGCGCCGGGCGGGUCCAGUACGGCGCGGCGAUCGGCUACCCGACCUUCGCCACGGUGCCGAGGAGCUACAGCGUGGGUUCGGCGAGGACGAGCGCGAGCGACGAGGACCUGAGGGAGCUCAUCCGCGCCGCGUCGCAGGGCCGCGCCGGCUUGCUCAACGCACGAGACGGCGUGGUCGUGCCGAGGAGCCAGAGCGUGGCGAUCGGCCGCAUCGACGAGGAUAAGCCGUGCGAUUUCGACGACGACGUCCGGGUCGGAUCCGAUUUGCUGUUCCCCCGGAGCCGGAGCUGCGCCGUUGGGGCCAAGCGACGCCCCCGGUGGUUCGCUUGAUGGAUUUCGGAUUCGGAUCCGUUAACGUGCGGAUCCCUUUUUUUUGUUUUGCUUUUUUUUUUUCUUUUUUCCGUGUUGUAAAUAGGAACGUAUCAUUGUGGAAUUAAUUUUCCUUUUUUUAAAAAAAAAAUUCCUAUGGCUGAUAUGGUUCCGGGGAA